AUGGGGAAGAAGGAAAAGGCAGACGAAAUGAGUGACGGUAAAAAUGAUGAAGAGCUGCUUAGUAAUUCCCUUCCACAGCGGGGCGUAAUAAGGGAAAAGGGCCCACACAGCGCACCCCCCGUGGGGAAUAACCCCCUGAGAAAGGAAAAUCCCCGGAAAGGUGAAAAUGCAUCACGCGAGCAUGUGGAAGACACGCACAUUAGUAACGCCAACGGCUGUGGGAGCGAUGCCCCCCCAAAGUACAGCAUCUUUAUAGAUAAAGAAGGCGCCAUAAACAGCAUUUUGAGCUCCACCUUCGCGGGGAUAAUGUCCAGAACAGUUACAGCCCCACUGGACAGGGUAAAGUACAUCAUGCAGGUGACAAACAAUUUACCCAUUUCCGAAAUUUUUGAAAUUAUAAAAAAGGACGGAAUUGUAUGCGGGUUCUUCAGGGGGAACUGCGUGAACAUCGUGAAGAUCAUCCCGGAGCUCUCCAUAAAAAUGUACUCCUACGAGUUUUUCAAGCUUAACGUGUACAACUACUACAGGGGGGGGGGCUGUAUUAGCGGUGAUGGCGGCGCCGCAACCGCUAACACGGCAGUCGCUAACGUCUCCGCCGCUAACACCGCCAACUACGCGAGGGACCAGGAGAACCUGGACAUUCCCUUCUUCAUCCGCUUCAUCAUAGGGAGCUCCAGCGGGGUCAUAGCGGCGCUGUUCAUUUACCCCCUCGAAAUAGUCAAAACGAGGCUAAUCGUCUCCAACAAAAAUGACCACAACGGAAUUGCCAAGUGCUUUUACAACAUUUAUAAAAACGAGCGAUGCAGGAACUUCUACAACGGACUGUCCAUGCACUUCUAUGGAGUCAUCCUCUUUUCAGGCUGCAACAUGAGCAUUUACGAUUAUAUGAAGUACCUUUUUUUUACACUCUACAGGGAUUACAUUCACUCUACGCACUGCAUCCCGAGUGGGGGUAACUCCGGUGGAGACGGUGCCGCGGGGGGGGCAGAAGCGAAGCGGGGCACGCCACAAAAUACAGGCAGUAACGGUAGCAGCAGUAGCGGCAGCAGCAGUGGCAGCAGUAGUGGCAACCGCAGAAGCGGAGCAGGCGAAACCUUCUUCAAGUACAACCUUCUAAACGGACUGUCCCGUUUUAGAAAAAAUUCCACCCACUGGAAUAACCCACCCUACGAGCACCACAAGGAAAGUCACCUGAACAAGUCAGAAUGUUCCUACUGCAACUAUCGAGUAAAAAACGUCAACUGUCUGUCCUUCCUAUUUUUUGGUAUCACCAGUUCGUUCAUCGCCCAAAUUGUUAGCUACCCCUUUCUCGUUCUGCGGACCCGCAUGCAAACCCUCAACAAUGAGAUAGCAACAAAUUAUUUGAAUAGCGAGAGGAAGCACAUCAAGUCGUGCAGCUUCAUUCUGUACAACGUCAGGGUCUACGGCUUCAGGUCCCUCUACCGAGGUAGGCCAGCAGGGAGGCGGCCAGGGGGCGGCCAGAGGACGGCAUGA